CAGCAGCAGCAGCAGCAGCAGUGAGAGACGUGGAUGUGAUGCACGAGCUCAUCCGACAAGACAAGGUUCAAGUGUAGAAGAUUUUGGCUGUCAGUUGCUAUUGGACUUGGUAAGGACUUUGGAUCAAUACAACAUGUAGCCUCUCCUCUGCCCUCAAAGCCAGAUUUGGAGACAUUCUGCUUUCUACUCAUGGUUUCUCUGUAGUGUAGUCCGGGGCAUCUUCUGCAGUCAUGUUUAGGAACAGUUUGAAGAUGCUGUUGACUGGAGGGAAGGCCAACCGCAAGAGUCGCAGCAGCGAUGGAGGGAGUGAGGAUUACGGAGACCCCCGCUCACCCGGUCUAGACCCCCAUCUGUGCCAAGGUGGCAGUAUAGACAGCGACUGUGCCUUUGAAGGAGACUACGCCGUGCCCCCCCCUCCUCUCCCCAUGACCGAGGGCAUGCAGCACAUUCGCAUCAUGGAGGGCGUGUCCCGUUCACUGCCCUCCUCCCCCCUCCUCACCCACCAGUCCCUCGGGGUGAGGCUGCAGUCCUGCAAGAAACUCACAGCCCCUCAGCGAAAGGCUAAGUUUGUGGAGAGCCCCCGAAUCCCCCCCUCUGAGCCCGACUCCCCUCCUCACCCCUACAGCCACAGCCCAAACCUGCACUUGGUCUACUGCACAGGGGAGUCAAACCAAGAGCUGGGCCCCCCUCCGUCGGUGGAUGAGGCAGCCAACACAUUGAUGACGCGCUUGGGUUUCCUACUGGGAGACAAAGUGAGCGAGGGGCCAGCCGGUACCCACUACAGCAUGGAGGAUCCCGAGGCAAGACAGGGCCAGAACCAGAGGAUCAGCCCGUGCUCCACCCUAACCAGCAGCACAGCGUCGCCCCCCGCAGGCAGCCCCUGCUCCACCCUGCCGCCCACCAUGCCGGGCCAGGCGGGCACCAGGGACUGCGCCUAUGGAGGAGUCACCAGCCCCACCUCCACUUUAGAAAGUAGAGACAGCGGCAUCAUCGCUACUUUGACCAGCUACUCGGAGAACAUGGAGCGCGGAGGGAAGUACGGCGAGGGCUCAAGGGGGAAUCUGAAACUUUGGCAGUCGCAGAAAUCAGGCAUGGACUCGUAUUUGUACCGAGUGGACGAGAAUAUGACCGCCUCCACCUACAGCCUCAACAAAAUCCCCGAACGAAACCUAGAGAGCAUGUCCUCCCACUCCGCCCACUCCAUCCCCCUGUACCUUAUGCCCCGCCCCAACUCUGUGGCCGCCACCAGUUCGGCUCACCUGGAGGACUUGGCGUACCUGGAUGAGCAGAGGCACACUCCAUUACGCACGUCACUGCGCAUGCCCCGUCAGAGCACCACCUGUGGGCCGGGACGCUCCGGGCAGGACCUGAGAGUACGAUUUGCCCCCUAUCGGCCCAAUGACAUCGCCCUAAAGCCCCUGCUGUUCGAGGUGCCCAGUAUCACCAUGGACUCGGUCUUCACGGGACGGGAGUGGCUUUUCCAGGAAAUAGACGCGUACCUCAACCAUAACAACAGCGGAUCCAACCCCGGUGUCAUCAUCGUGGGAAACAUCGGCUUCGGAAAGACCGCCAUCAUGUCCAGACUGGUGGCUCUGAGCUGUCACGGGACACGGAUGAGGCAGAUCGCAUCGGACAGUCCCCAAGCCUCACCCAAACAUGGAGAGGGCCUCCCGCUCACUCAGCCCCAGCCCUCACACGGGACCCUGGGGGGAGGCAGCUGUCCCGGGACCCCCGAGAUGAGGAGGCGCCAGGAGGAGGCCAUGAGGAGGCUGGCAUCUCAGGUGGUGGCGUACCAUUACUGCCAGGCGGAUAAUGCUUACACUUGUCUGGUGCCUGAAUUUGUCCACAACAUUGCGGCUCUGCUCUGUCGCUCUCCGCACCUCGUGGCCUAUAGGGAGGCGCUACUGAGGGAGCCCCAUCUGCAGAGCGUGCUUAGCCUGAGGUCCUGUGUCCAAGACCCUCUGUCCUCGUUCAGGAGGGGCAUUCUCGAGCCCCUGGAUGCACUUUAUAAGGAGAGAAAGAUCAACUCAGAUGAAGACCUCAUUAUUCUAAUAGACGGUUUAAACGAAGCAGAGUUUCAUAAACCUGACUAUGGAGAUACCAUCGUGUCCUUUCUCACCAAAACUAUCAACAAGUUUCCACACUGGCUCAAACUGGUGGUUACUGUCCGAACUACGCUACAGGAGAUUACAAACCCUCUGCCGUUCCACCGGAUUUCCCUGGACAGUUUCGAGGAGAACGAUGCCAUAGACCAGGACCUGCAGGGAUACAUACUGCACCGGAUCCACAGCAGCCCCGAAAUCCAAAACAACAUCUCCCUCAACGGAAAAAUGGACAACACAACAUUCGGAAAACUCAGUACGCACCUCAAGGCUCUGAGUCAGGGCUCCUAUCUGUACCUCAAGCUGACCUUUGACCUCAUCGAGAAGGGCUAUCUCGUCCUCAAGAGCUCCAGCUACAAGGUGGUCCCGGUGAAUUUGGCAGAGGUUUACCUGCUGCAGUGCAACAUGCGCUUCCCCACGCAGUCGUCUUUUGAGCGAGCGCUGCCUCUGCUCAAUGUGGCUGUGGCCUCUCUACACCCACUGACCGACGAGCAGAUCUACCAAGCCAUCAACGCCGGACAGCUAGAGGGUACUUUGGACUGGGAGGACUUCCAACAGCGCGUGGAUAAUCUGUCUGUAUUCCUGGUGAAAAGGAGAGACGGUACCAGGAUGUUUGUUCACCCGUCCUUCAGGGAGUGGCUCAUCUGGAGAGAGGAGGGAGAGAAGACCAAGUUCCUCUGUGACCCAAGGAGCGGACACACCCUCCUGGCCUUCUGGUUUUCACGACUGGAGACCAAACUCAACCGACAACAGACCAUCGAACUGGGCCAUCACAUCCUCAAAGCACAUAUCUUCAAGGGUCUCAGCAAGAAAGUUGGGGUUUCCUCGUCCAUCUUGCAGGGGCUGUGGGUGUCGUACAGCACAGAAGGACUCUCAGCUGCCCUCUCCUCACUACGCAACCUGUACACUCCAAACAUCAAGGUCAGUCGGUUGCUGAUGAUUGGCGGCGCGAAUGUGAACUACCGUACAGAGGUGCUGAAUAACGCCCCAGUGUUGUGUGUACACGCUCACCUGGGCUACAUGGAGAUGGUCAACCUGCUGCUGGAGUUUGGGGCCUCUGUGGAUGCCCCCUCGGAGAGUGGACUGACCCCUCUGAGCUACGCCGCUGCAGGAGGUCACAUGGCCAUAGUCACCGCUCUGUGUCGCAAGAGGGCAAAGGUGGACCACUUGGACAAAAAUGGCCAGUGUGCUUUGGUCCAUGCGGCGCUGAGAGGACACAUGGAGGUGGUGAAGUACCUGAUUCAGAGCGACUGGAGCAUGGGGUCUCAGCAGCAGCAGCAGUCCCCCCAAACCCAACCACAACAAAACAGCUUCACCAAGAGCCAUGCAGUGCAGCAGGCUCUGAUCGCAGCGGCCAGUAUGGGCUACACCGAGAUUGUGUCGUACCUGCUCGAUCUGCCUGAGAAAGACGAGGAGGAGGUGGAGCGCGCUCAGAUCAAUAACUUCGACACUCUGUGGGGAGAGACUGCUCUAACAGCAGCGUCUGGCCGAGGGAAGCUGGACGUCUGCAGACUUUUAUUGGAGCAGGGAGCAGCUGUGGCCCAACCAAACAGAAGAGGCAUUGUCCCCCUGUUCAGUGCAGUGCGACAGGGACACUGGCAGAUUGUGGACUUGUUACUGACACAUGGAGCGGAUGUGAACCAGUCGGAUAAACAGGGUCGCACUCCACUAAUGAUGGCGGCCUCUGAGGGACAUCUGGGCACUGUGGAAUUUCUAUUAGCACAAGGAGCGUCAUUGUCUCUGAUGGAUAAGGAGGGUCUGACGGCUCUGAGCUGGGCCUGUUUAAAGGGACAUUUACCUGUAGUGAGGUGUUUGGUGGAGAGUGGCUCCCCCACUGACCAUGCAGACAAGAACGGACGCACGCCGCUGGACUUAGCCGCCUUCUACGGAGACUCGGAAGUGGUUCAGUUCUUGGUGGACCACGGCGCUAUGAUAGAGCAUGUGGACUACAGUGGGAUGAGACCGCUGGACCGGGCGGUGGGCUGCAGGAACACGUCUGUGGUGGUCGCGCUGCUCAAGAAAGGAGCCAAGAUAGGUCCCGCCACAUGGGCCAUGGCAACCUCCAAACCCGACAUCAUGAUCAUACUGCUCAGCAAACUCAUAGAGGAGGGGGACAGCUACUACAAGAAGGGGAAGGUGAAGGAGGCAGCUCAGCGUUAUCAGUAUGCUCUCAAAAAGUUUCCACGCGAAGGUUUCAGCGAGGACCUCAAGACUUUCAGGGAACUCAAAGUGUCACUUUUUCUCAACUUGUCUCGAUGUCGGAGGAAAAUGAACGACUUUGGGAUGGCUGAGGAAUUUGCUACUAAGGCACUUGAACUAAAACCAAAAUCCUAUGAAGCCUACUACGCCAGGGCACGUGCCAAGCGUAGCAGCAGACAAUUUCCUGAAGCAAUGGAGGACCUGAAUGAAGCCAUAAAGCUGUGCCCAAACAACCGUGAGAUCCAGAGGCUGCUGCAGAGAGUGGAGGAGGAGUUCAGGCAGUUGACGCAAGGCGACCAGCCGCAGGACCUGGACCUAGAGCCUCCCCCCUCGCCCCCUCCCACACCUCCCCCUGAUGAUGAGGAGUCCCUGUCCCUCUCCGUGCCCCUCCCUCUGCCCCCUGAGCCGCGCCUCGAUGACAUGGAGCCCGUGCAGGACCUGUUUGAGGACGAGGACUAUCUGGAGCAGGAGCUAGAAGCCAUGUCUCUGGGGCUGCCUCCUCCAGACGCUCUCACUAAUGCUUCCAGUCUGCCCAUCAUCCAGAGCCCCCCACUGUCCCCCACACACCCAGACCAAAUCUAUCUGAGUGGGGGCUCGCCUAUGGGCCAGCCCUAUGAGUACCACCCCACUUCCUCUUCCAUGUCCUCUCCAACAAGAGGCUCAUACCAGCCCACCUCCCCCUCCCUGUCCCCCACUCAUCAGAACCACUACAGACACAGCCCGCCCCAGACCUCGCCUGUGCACCAGGCGUCCUAUCGCUACAGUCCUCCUCCUGGAGGCAUGGACCAAAGCCCCCCUCCGUCACCCCUGCGGCGGGCCGCUCAGUACAGAGCCAGCCCCCCUCUGGAGAGUGUGUGCAUGUACCGCUCUCAGUCAGGCUCCCCUGUGCGCUUCCAGACGGAGCAGCUCCCGGGGCGACCCAAGUCUCCUCUGGCCAAAAUGAGCAGUCAGCGCUCGUUCCAGCUCACCUCGCAGCCCUCGCUAUCGUCCCACCAGGCUCAGGGCUUGCGCCUGCAGCCGUCCAUCGCACAGAUUGUCCGCACCAACCAGCCCAGCGUCAUGGGCAACAGCAGCUACGGGGGCCACCCCCUGAGCGCCCGGUACCAGGCGUCUGUGGACCUCGUGUACCAGCCCUCUCUGGAUGGGCGCUCCAUGCCACAGGUCCAGGCUAGCCUCAGCUCAGGGGCCCUCUGUCAGCACGGGGGCCGAGGAGGGGUUAUGGAGCCAAGCCUCUUGAAGGACGAGCUGCCCCAACGCCCCUCCUCUGCCUACCGCGCCAGCAGCGGGGGUCCGGGCGGCAUCCGCUACAGCCAGACUCCUCAGAUCAGCCGCAGCCAGUCGGCCGCCUACUACCCUGUGUCUGAGCACGUGCUGGAGCGGGCCAAUGCCAUGCCCCCCUGUCAGCUGGGCUCCCCUGAGAUCCCCCACAUGGUGCGGCGGCCCGUCAGUGCGAACACCACCGAGAUGAAGAUGCCCACUCCCAGACCCCUCAUCCACUCCCAGAGCGUAGGACUGCGCUUCUCCCCCUCCACCAACAACAUCACAGGCUCCACCUCCAAUCUGGCCCCCGGCUUCAGGCCCUCAUCCUCCAUCCAGCAGAUGGAGAUCCCUCUGCAAGCGUCGUACGAGCGCUCCUGUGAUGACAUCUCUCCCAUCUCCCCCUCUCAGGGCGGGGGGCUGUACCCGGGCGAAACCACCCGCUCCAGAAACACUCCUUUUAUGGGCAUCAUAGACAAGACGGCGCGGACUCAGCAGUACCUGCACCAGCCCUCCAGGACACGGCCCAUGACCUCCAUGGACUCUGCCAUCAGCCCCACCUCCCCGGGGCAGCUGGUGUCGCAGGGCUCCACCUAUAGCCCCCCUGCUUCUCUGGGCAACAUCGCCUACUACAACAAGACCAACAACGCCCAGAACGGACACCUGCUGGAGGAGGACUACUACCAGACGCAGCCCCCCUCCCUGGGGAAGCUGGCCAACGGCUCCCGCGGAGGAGGGGACAUCCUGGAGCGGGUCAGCCAGGUGCCCACCUACCCCGACGUGAAAAUGGCCAGGACUCUGCCCGUGGCACAGGCCUACCAGGACAACAUGUACCGCCAACUGUCCCGCGACUCCCGCUCCCAAGGCCCCCCCUCCCCCAUCAAACCAAAGAGACCGUUUGUGGAGUCCAAUGUGUGACGCUGUGGAUGAAUGGUUUGACUGGGCCCGAGUGAGAGGACACGUGUGAAACAGUAUGAGACACGAAUGAACAAACACUAAUAUGACACAGUUAACCUUGCAGCGGGCGCACACUGGGACUUACAAGAACAACACAAGAAACAGACGUGAUUACUUCAUUAUCAGGUUCUAAAGGUACAAAUACAAAAGGGUCAUUUAAUGUUCUUUCACAAACCACUACAUCGAUACAGAAAAUGGGACUGAGAAAGUAUUAAUCAAUCGACUCUGCUUGUGGACUCUCCAUCUACUCUUCUUUCAAAGUGUGCUCUUAAACAAGGUUGGCCCUAUUCAAUGUAAUACAAUAUUCUAUGUUCAAUAGUGUACAUUGCUCCGAAAAUACAAAUGGAUCAACAACUCAGUACUUAGAGAAGAUGCUCAUAUUUAUAAUUAAGUUAUAUACUGUACAUAAACAUAGAACAAACAUAGUUUGCAUUUGAAAUGUAUACUGUUAACCCAGCCUUGACGUCCCACGGUUCGUCAUAAGAGAAAGUGAAACUGAAGCAAUGUCAAAGAAAGAGGGACAACGACCAACUUUGAUAUGACAUUAUUACCUCCAUUGAGUGACGAAGCUUUUGUUUUGUGUGUUUGGAAAUAUUUUUACAUAACGAGUUAUUAUAGAGUUUGAACUCGUAAUAAUAUACUGGUCUGACCGUGUAGUUUUAAAUUUCAUCAUUUGGUUACAGUUACUUUCUUUUAUGUAUUUGAUUUUAAGUGAUCUGCUGUAUUAUCCUUUCAUUACAAGCCUCAUGCCUUAGUGUGAACAAGAGGUGGCAGUCAUCUUGAGCUAUUUAAAUGAUCAACACUACUGUGGUCUGUUUAGACAAAGAAUGAGAGGGAAGUGCAAUAUCUGCGUUUUCAGAAUAAGUAUCUUUUAGAAUAAGAACAGUUGAGUGAUACGCCACAUUUCUCUCAAAGUUUGCCUUUGUCCCUCCCCUGCACAUAGAGGCACUGUAUUUUUAAAUAUCAGAUAUACAGUAUAAUAUAGAGAUGGUAUCAAGGACAGUGCUCAGAGAAUAGCAAGCAAAUGCAUACACUACCACUGUUAACCUCCCUUCCUCCUACAUUAUUUUUUAAUUUGUACCGAUAAAAAUGUCCUUCACUUCUGCACUAUAAAGCCUGUUAAGUUCUUAACUAAGGGUGCACUUUAUGUAUUUUACUUAUUUUAUUGUUCGAUUGUUGGAAACGUGUGAUUGGUCAGUUUAACCUGGCCAGUGCGACUAUCAUACACUAUAUGAUUUAAGCAGCAGUGAUGAAUGACAACACAAAGAGCAAUGUUUUUUUCAGGUGACGAUGUAUAGCACAAGUUGUAUAUAGUGGCUAUGGUCCGGGUAUGUAAAGAGAAGCAUAGUAUCCCACAUCUGAAAUAUUGUCAAAUCAGUCGUCAAAUCCACUGGUUUUACGCGCAUCUACUGCAAAAUGAUAUUACUGAGUUUAACCAUAUGUAUAUUGGAGUCUGGGUGUUAGAACAAGCAGCACUAUAAUGUAAAAGAUAUUUGUAAAUGUGGAUAAAGUUAUAGACCGUGUGUCUGUAACUGUAUAUUUUGGUUGUCUGAUAGAGUAUCUAAAAGAGGUGGUUCUUAUUGUAAUUGCCUUCUCUGAAUAAUAAUCUGAUUUACCUGCUACAAAGAAAGAUAUAGACAAUAUAUCUUUAGGAAAUGAAGGUUUAAAAUGUACCAUAUUUGUUUUAAAUGAGACUUCUCUGAGGAUAUUUGAGGGUGUGUGGUUUUGCGCUGUCUGUGUACAUUAGUUGCUGUAAAUAGUCCGGUGCAUGUUCUAUUGUUUCCAUGAGCUCCGUGUCCAGACUGAAGGACACAAUGUAAACGAAUGGGAUCUCAAUAAGGAGUCUGCUAUCCUGACCUGUCCUCUUCAUUUUAGCACCAAACAAAUGCGAAAGGUUCUAUUUUAUUUUCAUGUGUUUGCUUGCUGAGCAGAGUUCUCUUGUCUGUAAAUGUGAGCUUUCAGAUCGCUGUGACUAAAAGUUUAAUUAAAAACAAUAAAAAGAAUGUGUUUUUAUCUCAUGAUAACUGAUUGUAAUCUGUACAGUCAAACAUAUGUAUUGGAAAAAUAACAUUUAUAAAUGGUUACCAACUGAAA